UCGGAGUUGCACUUUGGAUUGUGGAGGAAGUGACGGACCUUCGGUAGUGUACAAGAGAAGAGUGAGCCGAAAAUCAGAAACUUACUGAGAAGUCAGAGUGAGGUCUUGAAUGGGAGUGUGCCUGCCCCGUACUGCGAAGCUCCGCGGGCUCACAAAUCAACAUUAAGUGUUGCGUCUCUCGAGGAGUGAAAAACCGAGACUGAUCCGAGUGACGUGGUGCGCGUAGGUCAUCAUUUACCAAAACUUUCAAGACUUUGUUUUAUGCUUCUUUUUUAACUUUGUUGUUUUGUUUUUUUCCUUUUUCCUUUUUUUACAUUUUGCCGCAAGAAUAUGUAUGAAGGUCUUAUGAAAUCUGACCAGCUGUGAGACAGUUGCGAUAGCAGCGUCUGUCGGAAUUGGUGAAAUGAGACAAAUAAUAGCACCGUUUCAGUUGGGGACGAGAGUGCGUCUCAGUGUCGUGGCCGAGUCCUCGCUUUGAGUCCUCGUGUCUUUGGAGGAGCAGGUAUGUUUGCCAGGUGCCUUCUGACGCUGUCGGGACGACUCGCGCUGCUCCUCUGCGCGCUCGCGCUGUCACCGACCCCCGGAUUUAGUUCGGAAUUAAAGGUGCGGGUCCGUUUAGCUGAUGGCCAGGUCACCGAGGAGCUGCUGCAAGCCGACAGUCAGAGAGAUUCCGUUACGCUGGAGUUUAAACAAGCAGAUGGCACGCUCAUCACCUUUGUCGCUGACUUUAAGCAGGAUGUGAAGAUCUUCCGGGCGUUGAUCCUGGGUGAACUGGAGAGGGGACAGAGCCAAUACCAGGCCCUGUGCUUCAUCACACGCCUCAGCCGCAAUGAGAUCAUCCCCAGCGACUCCAUGGCGAGACUCCGGCAGAAGAACCCACACACCGUCCGGGCUGCAGAGGAGAGGCGGGCGACGGAAGAGCUCAGCAUGAGCGUGGCGGUGAACGUGACGCGGGCGUGGCAGAUCAGCGCCCACAUCCACAACACGUGCAGCAUGGCCCGCGAGGCCGUGUACACGCGGGAGGCGGAUGCGCGCCACUGGCUGGACGCAGGUGUGGAGGGGUCCACGUUCGAGGUCCUGCCCCGGGCAGCGGAGUUGCCGGGCCUGCCGAGCUGCGGGGCGGCGCGGGACCUGUGGGAGCCGUGCACCUGCAGCUACGCCCUGCGGCUGGAGUGGUACCCGUGCCUGCUCAAGUACUGCCGCAGCCAGGAGGGCGGCACCGCCGUGCGCAGCACCACCUACAAAUGCGGCAUCAGGAGCUGCAGCAAGGGCUACAACUUCACCUUCUACACCCCCCACAAACAACUCUGCCUCUGGGAGGAGGAGUCCUAGCACCACAAACAGCUCUGACUCUGAGAGGAGGAGGCCCAGCACCACAAACAGCUCUGACUCUGAGACGAGUCCCAGCACGCCUGAGCUCAGCACUCGGCAGCUGCUUGCUUGUUGUUUUGUGUUUUGUUUUGUUUUUUUUUUACCUGGAAAGCCUUAUUUAUGAAUGGGGUCAUGGGUUUCAGCUUGGCUCCGGAUGGUGCGGACGAGACUCUCUCUGGCUCCAGGAAAGCAGGACACUGAUGUCACAUUCCUCAUGGCUCGUCCUCUCGGGACGCCCGUGAACGCCAGGUCUGCCGCUUCCGCAAUGAGACGGCUAGCCGAGCCGAUGAUGUCUGACCCGUUUGGGAAACCUUUAGACCUUCUGCCUUUAAUGAGCUCUGAGUCGCAGUCAUACGAUAAACAUCUGCAACGUGUUCAGUGAACCCAAACAGCAGUGAGAGAACUGUGACCCCGUCAUCUAUGUAACACGCUGGAUGAAGCUCGGUCAGGUUUUCUGUUCACGUCGUAUCAGAAUCUGAUGUUUUAUUAUUUAUUGUUUUGCUGUGCUAACAAGUGAUUGAACUAAUUAAAGCACGUGUUCAGAAAGAAACGUGCUGUUGCUUCUCUUUGUUUAGAAUGUCGGUGCCCGGUAACAUUGGUCAGAAGAUGUCUGAUGAGGGUUUACUUGUAUUUUUUGAACAUGAUGCUGGACUAUUUUGUGUGUGUGUGUGUGUGUGUGUGUGUGUGUGUGUGUGU